AUUUCGUUUUUCAUGUCCACUGUCCGGUCCAUGAGACGAAUAUAAUUAUUGACAGUUUAUCAUUCUGUCGUUAGAUUUAGAACAUAUUAAUUGUAAUUAGUCUGUUCACAAUGAUAAUUUAUUAUCUUGCAGCUGUUUAACAAUGCAUUUACUGUAGUGAGUGAUCUUGAGAAGGAAAAGGUUAAGUGAUGUAUGCUUGAAGAAAGGGGAGAAAACAAGGAUGUUACAUCGGCCCCAUAAUUUGGUGAACUUUAUUCGAAACGUAACAUGUCGUUAUCGUGCCGAUCAAUUGUGUAUAUUCCAAAUUGGAUUAGUUAGGAGACACGCCAGUAUUUUAGUAGUGCCCAAGUAUGGUACGCGACACAAGGUGCAUACGUUUUCGAAUUCCCAAAAGGUUUUUGCUAACAGAAAGGUAGGCAGGCACGGCGAAUACAGGUGGACUUACGCGACAAGAUUUUCAUCUAACGAUGCGAAGUCUAAUAAGGAUAAGUCUGAUGCGAAACUAGUUGAGGAGGUUCAGCAGAGAAUAAUAGAAUUGAAUGAGGAGAAGCUAGGUAAAUUGAAAGAGAGAGUGUUAGACAUUGAACCAGUUAUAUCGGAAAAGGAGGAGAGAAAGGGACAAGCGGGGAAAAGGGAGAAGCUCAUUGAAAAGUCUGUGGAAUCUAAAGAACCAUCGAAAGAUGAUGUUGUCUCGAAAAAAGCAAAAAAGCAGGUUAGAGUUGACAGAUCGACAUCCUCUUUGGAACGUAACUUUAUUACACCCGUAAGGGCUAUGGCAGACUUUUUAUUGAAGCCUUCUGAUCUGGAGACUUUGCCCAAAACAAAAAGACGUUCCCCGUAUGAAUUUGAACCGCCUAUCACGGUGUAUUGGAGGAAAGACGUUGAGGCUAAAGCCUUAGAAGUCUGGGGUUCUAGAGAGGCUUUGUUAAAGGAACUUUUGAAGAAGGAAGUUGAGCGGAAGAUCUAUCAGCAAAAUGUUUUUACGGUCAAACGGAGAUUGAGGGACUAUAGACGGGAGAUCGGCAGCAAGACGGAAAUCAUUCAGAAAGAAGGUCUUUUUGGAAGAUCUGGCAAAGUAGUAUUGACUGCAAUCGCUAUAAACGCUAGUAAUUUUGUGUGCAAGUUGAUCGCCUGGUUGUACACUGGCUCGCACAGUAUGUUUUCCGAAUGUGUGCAUUCUGCGGCGGAUACUUUUAACCAACUGAUUCUAGCGUACGGCAUUCAUAAAUCGGUGCAGCAUCCCAAUCCUGACCAUCCGUACGGUUACACGAACAUGAAGUACGUUUCCUCAUUGAUAUCGGGCGUGGGAAUCUUUUGCGUCGGCACGGGUCUUUCCAUCUAUCACGGAAUUCACGGUCUUCUUUUUCCCGCGCCAUUAGAUUCUCUAUUUUGGGCGUACUUUGUCCUGGGUGGGUCCUUGCUGUCCGAAGGGGCGACCUUAAUGAUAGCAUUACACUCCAUAAAGAAAAGCGCAGAGGAAAAGAAAGAAAGUUUGAAACAGUUUGUUCUGGAUGGACAGGAUCCGUCUGUAAAUGUCGUGCUCAUGGAAGACUUUGCAGCUGUGAUUGGAGUCAUUGUUGCAGCUGGAUGUAUGGGCUUGACCUCAUAUUUAGAAAAUCCAAUGUUCGACGCUAUCGGUUCGCUUCUGGUUGGUGGUCUGCUCGGUGGAGUGGCGUCUUUUAUAAUUUACUCGAACGUUGCUGCACUCAUAGGAAGGAGUAUAUCGCAAGAGAAUCUCGAUAAAAUUAAUGCUGAAUUAGAGGCAGAUAUAAUGGUCCGUGCAAUUCAUGACGUGAAAGGCAUUGACAUGGGUAAUAAUUUAGUGAGGUAUAAAGCCGAACUGGAUUUUGAUGGACGCGAACUUACAAGAUCUUAUUUAGAUAAGCACGAUCUUAUUGCAAUGUUGGAGGAAGUGAAAAGUAUGCAAAAUAUUGAUGAGUUAGAGGCGUUUUUAUUGAAACACGGCGAAAAUAUCGUAGACAUGCUUGGCGGAGAAAUCGACAGAAUAGAAUUAAAAUUAAAGAAAAAUCAUCCAGAAAUACGGCAUUGUGAUCUAGAAAUUCUAUGAAAACUUAUUAAUAUAAUUUCUUAAGUUAAAUCGAAAUAAAACUAGAUGUAAAUUAUUUUAAUGAAGAAUAAGAAAUUAUUUUAAUAGGCAAUGAUGCUUUUGUUAUAGGAUAUAACCUGUAUUUUAUUUAGUAUUUAGUACUAGAUCAAAAAUCAAUUUUUGUAAAGAUUUUAUGUAUGUUGUACAAAUCUUGUGGAAAUUACUACACACCAUUCAGUAUAAUAAAUCAAUAGAAAUUUCUUAAACAUA